AUGGGCUGUUGUGCGUCAGUGGAUUUGAAAGCAGACCGCGAGGGAGAAGAGUAUAAAGGAUAUGAUGGAAAAGCUCAGGCUAAAGGUUCUAGCCAAAAAGUUAUAGCCCAAAAAGCACCUUAUGCGAAGGAACUGGAAGCGAAAAAGACUUAUUAUUAUUGUGACUGCGGAAGGUCCAAAAAUCAACCAUUCUGUGAUGGAAGCCACACUGGAACUCCUUUUACCCCACUUGCUUUUACAGUGCAAGAAAGCAAGACUUAUUAUAUUUGUGGCUGCAAGCAAACCUCCCAUGCUCCUUAUUGUGAUGGAACUCACAAGAAGAUCGAUUGGUAG